GUCCUUUAUUGACAGUUACCGUGGUUGCCAUGUCUAUUUUGUCUUGGUCUAUGAUGGUUGCCAUGAACGUAGAGGACAUCUAAUGUCCAUAGUGUUCACCAGCACAAAGUUCUCCCACUCAGAGGAUUUAUAAGGCAUUCUGCGGAAACCCAGAUUGCCGAUGCUACCCGGAUGAAGUCGUCAUUUACCACCACUACAGAUGUGUUUUGAAAUGGCGUCCGUCUAAAAGGAGGUCAGGAUGAGGGACUCCUGGCUCUCUGAGCUGGUCUCAGGCCUGUGUCACACGCCGGAGGACGACCCUUUUCCUCUGUGGCAGGAUGGGAACCUCAGUCCCUGCUUCAACCAGCUCGUCCUUGGAGCCUUGCCUCACGCUGGGAUGGCGGUUUUCAGCGCCUGCUACCUUAGCAUGGCUAGAAGCAACCUCCUCCAGACGUCGGCUCCGUGUGGCUGGACGCUCCGACUGGUCUCGGCGCUGCUCGCCGCGCUACUCUUCACCGCAGACGCCAUCUUGGUGGGCAUCCUCCAGCAGGCGGACAUGUACCUGGAUGUCUUGGCUGACGGCUCGGCCCUCCUGGCCUGGCUGGUCCACUGUAGCGCCAUCGCAGUGCUACUCAGGUCUAGUUUCAGGAGAACCAGAGGACCGCCGCUGCUGCUUGCUAUCACUCUCCUGUUGGUGCCCAACAUUGUCAUCACCUUGAUGAUCUACUACGACAGCCAGGAAUAUUUUACAGAACCAAUUAAACUGACCAGGUUGGUCCUCACCUCAGUCAGGGCGUUUCUUUUACUCGUUUACCUUCUUGCCUUUGCUUUUCCUUGCAUCGGUGAGGCUGAUUACACCCUUAAUAUAAACACAGUGGAUGGCUCCCCACUCCUUCCAGAGCCAGACACAGGUGAGAUAGUCGCAGAGGACGGAAGCGACUGCCUGUCUCGGCUCUUCUACCUCUGGUUGAAUCCGUUGCUUAGGCGAGGUCGGCAGGGAGAUUUGGGAAGACCGCAGCAUGUGUAUCACCUUCCCUGGAAGCUGCGCACCAGAGUUGUUUGGCGAUAUUUCCACCAGUGUUGGGAAAGGUGUCGAAAAGGGGCAAAAAGAAGCGACCAGCAGGACCAGCGGCCUCAACCGAUGAAAGGUUCGGACUCUAAGGAGGAGCUGUUGAAGCUUGAGGGGGAUGUUGGGUUGUUGAGAGUGUUGCACAAGGCGUUUGGGUUGCGGUUCUACCUCCUGGGUGUGCUGAAGGUGACGGUGAUCUUAUCAACGUUUGCAGGGCCUCUCUUACUCAGCAGUCUGGUGAACUUCAUUGAAGAAAAGGAGGCUCCUUUCAGUCAAGGCGUUGCUUGUGUGUUGGGCCUCUUUGCCACAACCCUUGCAGGUUCUGUUCUCCGGAACAUCUACACCUUUCAGGUCUCCAAAGUGUUUCUGUUGGCAUCCGCCUCGCUUGUGUCGGCCUUCUACGACAAAACCCUGCAGGUGAGCAGCUGCAGCCUGACCGAAUUCACGCUGGGAGAAGUGGUCAACCAGAUGAGCACCGACAUCAUCCGCGUUCUCAACUUCUUCAACAGCUUCCACGAGCUCUGGAGCCUGCCCUUCUGUUUUUUUGUCACCCUCUACCUGCUGAACCUCCAGGUUGGUGCAGCUUUCCUCGGGGGACUCGGUGUGGCGCUGAUGCUGGUGCCGUUCAACAAGUUCCUCGCCUCCCGUAUCCUUAGCAACAACACGCAGAUGCUUAAAUACAAAGACGACCGCGUCAAGUUAAUGACGGAGAUCCUCUUUGGCAUCCGUGUCAUUAAGUUCUACAACUGGGAGCCUCAUUUCACCCAGAAGGUGGCCAGGUGUCGGGAACAAGAGCUGGCACACCUCAAGAACCUCAAGUACCUGGAUGCCAUGUGUGUGUACAUCUGGGCCGCUCUGCCUGUCAUCAUCUGUGUCCUCACCUUUGUCAUAUACGUGCUGCUUGGACACCAGCUAACAGCUGCCAAGGUGUUCACCACCGUGGCGCUGGUGGGGAUGCUGAUCACGCCUCUCAAUGCUUUCCCCUGGGUGAUGAACAGCAUCCUGGAGGCCAAAGUGUCUCUGGAGCGACUCCAGCGCUACUUCAAACUGACCAACCAGGAUCUGGAGGCCUACUACACCCAGGUGUCUUCUGAAGACACCAACCAGACGUCCAUCCUGCUGAGCCAGGCCACGUUUUCCUGGCGGCUGCCUGACGGCGGUGAAGUGGGAGAAACAGGAAGUGGAGCUGGGACAGGAAGUCUGCUGCUGCAAAACUUGAAUCUACAUGUAACUAAGGGCUCUCUGGUGGUUGUUGUGGGGAAAGUCGGCUGUGGGAAAAGUUCCUUACUGGCGGCCAUCACUGGAGAACUCAACAGAAUCAGUGGCGUUCUCUAUGUGGCAAACAGAGAGGCUGGUUUUGGUUUAGCCGCUCAGGAACCGUGGAUCCAACACGCUUCAGUACGAGACAACAUCCUGUUUGGAAAAGACUACAGCGCUGCUCUCUACCAAGCUGUGAUCGAGGCCUGCGCGCUCUCUGACGACCUCGAUGUUUUACCAAACGGCGAUAAAACAGAAGUGGGAGAAAACGGAGUGACUCUAAGUGGAGGACAGAAAGCCAGGCUGGCCCUGGCCAGAGCGGUUUAUAUGGACAAAGAGAUCUACCUGCUGGAUGAUCCGCUUGCAGCGGUCGACACAGAUGUGGCUGAACACCUGAUGAAGAAAUGCAUCCUGGAGCUCCUCAAAGGGAAGACCAGAAUCCUCUGCACCCACCGCAUCGAGUUUGUGGACAGAGCCGACAUGGUCGUCCUCAUGGACAACGGAACCAUAAUUAAAACAGGAACGCCAGUGGAGAUUCUCCCUCUGAUUCAGUCUGAGCCAAAAAUGGGGAAAAAGGAUCCCAAAGCAGAUCAGAAAGAUGAGCAGCAGAGUGAGGAUGAGCUGGCUCCUCUCCCUGAUCUCUGUGUGGACGACGAUCCUGAUCUGCUGGGCGCGGAGCAGAAGCGAGUGGGUGGACUGGCGUGGGGAGUCUACAGGACCUACUGGUUUGCUGUGGGUGGGAUCCUGGCCGCCGCCAUCUUGAUGUCUCUGCUCCUCAUGCAAGCCUCGAAGAACGUUUUUGAUUGGUGGCUUUCCCACUGGAUCUCCUCACUGAAAACCAACGGUUCCAGUUCUGCGAACGAUUCGUCUUCAGUCGGUCUUGUUCCUCCUCAAGUCCUUCUUUUCUCACCCGGAGGCUUGAUAAACCCUUUGCCCUCUGUGGAGGUUUUUGUUUCCACCAACGCCACCAGUGACGUUAGCUUCUACCUGACCAUCUACAGCUCCAUAGGCGCCUUCAACACCGUGUUCACAGCGCUUCGGGCCUUCCUCUUCGCCUACGGAGUCAUCUGUGCUGCUUCUGCCAUCCACAACCGGCUUUUGGACCGGGUCCUCCAGGCCACGGUGACUUUCUUCGAUGUCACCCCGUUGGGUCGCAUUCUCAACCGUUUUUCCUCAGACUUGUACAGCGUGGACGACAGCCUGCCGUUCAUCCUGAACAUCCUGCUGGCCACCGUCUUCAACCUGCUGGGCAUGCUGGUGGUGAUCAGCUACGGCCUGCCCUGGGUGCUGGUGCCGCUGCUGCCCCUGGCUCUGCUCUACUACCGGAUCCAGAACUUCUACAGACACACGUCCCGGGAGCUGAAGCGCCUCUGCAGCCUUACCCUGUCGCCAAUCUACUCGCAUUUCUCUGAGACGACUACUGGACUGGGAACCAUCAGGGCGAGUUGCAGCGCUGCCAGGUUCAGGGAGGAGAACUUCGAACGUCUGGACCAGUACCAGCGCUGCCUGUUUGCCAGCAACGCCGCCAUGCAGUGGCUGGACAUCCGCUUGCAGCUGAUCGGCGUUGCCGUGGUGACGGGCCUCGGAGCGAUAGCGGUCAUCCAGCACCAGUACAGCGUUGUUGAUCCAGGUCUGCUGGGUUUGGCCCUGUCUUACGCGCUGUCCAUCACUCAGCUGCUGUCUGGCCUCAUAUCCAGCUUCACAGAGACGGAAAUGCAGCUGGUGAGUGUGGAGAGGACGGAGGAAUACGCCACUGAAUUACCAACUGAACCACAGCAACUCAACGCCCAGCUGCCGGCCGCCUGGCCCCAACAUGGCUGCCUGGAGUUCUGCGACGUGGUUCUGGCCUACAGAGAAGGUCUUCCUAACGCCCUGGACGGAGUCAGCCUGGCAGUGCGACCCGGGGAGAAGAUCGGCAUUGUGGGACGCACGGGUUCUGGAAAGUCCACCAUGUUUCUGGCCCUGUUUCGCAUGGUGGAGCUCAACCGGGGGAAGAUUCUCCUGGACCAGCUGGACAUCAGCUCUGUGGGCGUCGCCCAGCUGAGAUCUGGGUUGGCCAUCAUUCCCCAGGAUCCCUUCCUGUUCAGCGGGACCGUCCGGGAAAACCUGGACCCGUGUGAGAGACACGAGGACCAGCAGCUGCUGGACGUUUUGGAUCAGUGCCACCUGAGCGCCGCCGUCAGCAGGAUGGGUGGCCUGGACGCCGAGGUCGGGGAGCGGGGAAAGUUCUUCUCUGCAGGACAGAGACAGCUGCUGUGUCUAGCCAGAGCUCUGCUAACUCAGGCCAAGGUUCUUUGUAUCGAUGAAGCCACAGCCAGCGUGGACCAGAAGACAGACAAACUGCUGCAGCAGACGAUUAGAGAGAAGUUUCAGGACAAAACGGUUCUCACUAUAGCCCACAGGAUCAACACCAUCAUGGACUGUGACCGUGUGCUGGUGAUGCAUGCUGGGAAGGUGGUAGAGUUUGACACGCCCGCUGCUCUCUGUCAGAACGAUACUUCCAUCUUCCACAGACUGGUUGGUGGGCGAGGAGAUUAGUUCAUCAAGAAACAAAUGAUGAAUGAAUCCAGCUUUUCUACUUUAUCCUGGACGUUUUACUGAGAACUCAGUAAAAUGUAUGUUUUAUUUACUGCAUCUUCCUGUUUAUAUGUUGCUUUUAUAUUAGAAACUUGAAUACAGAAGGAAAAAAGCACCUUAAUGCCUGUGGACAUGGAUGAGAUACUCAGGAAUACAUUACUGCACGUUGUAGGAUCUUUUUGUAUAACUCUGGGGAUUUAUCUCCAGUUUAUAUUAUUGGUAAGGUGAGGAAGACAUCCUGGUUUGUGUUGAAACUGACUUUGUAAUAAAUAUACUAAAAUAUUAUCUCA